AUGGCUACCGACCUUGACCAGUCGGUGUCUCUUGGCCAUGCCGACUCGGUUGGAACGCCUCUGUCUGCCCCUGACCAGUACUCUGCCAUGAUGGCCGCAGCUCAGACGCCAGUCUCCGCCGCUCCCAGCAAGCAGACCCCCUCACCCGCUACCUCGAACGGAACCGGCCAUAUGUCAGCCUCCCAGUCGGCUUCUCGGCGACCUCCCCGCAAGAGCACCCUGACCCAGCAGCAAAAGAACCAGAAGCGCCAGCGUGCCACUCAGGAGCAGCUGGCGACGCUGGAACUCGAGUUCAACAAGAACCCUACCCCUACGGCUCUCGUUCGUGAAAGGAUAGCGGAUGAGAUUAACAUGACGGAGCGCUCUGUCCAGAUCUGGUUUCAGAACAGGCGUGCCAAGAUUAAGAACCUGGCCAAGAAGAGCCUCGAGACGGGAGAAGACAUUGACUCGAUCCCUGAGUCGAUGAGGGCGUACCUGGCCAUGCAGGCAAUGGAAUCAGGGAAGGGCAUUGGUGGCAGCUACUUUGGCCGAACUGGGCUGUCGCCCUUUGGUCACAGUGGUAUGCUCCUCGGCGACCCUAACGCGAAACUUCGUGUAGUGAUCAACCACCUCACCUGUCGGUCUCUGAGCAUCGGCGAGUGGACGCGUGUUGGGCAGAACGCCAUGGACCUGGUUGUCUUUUACUCUCCUGAUAAGGGAACCAUCACCUACUACAUUAACAACGAACAGGCCGGAUACAAGAUAGAAUACCCCUUUGCCUACGUCAAGAACAUCUACCUGGACAAUAAUGAGAACGACCCCAACAAGAUGGGUGGCAUCGUCAUCGAGCUCGCCAGGCCGCCUCACUUCCUCAUGGACUGCUCCAACGGCGCUGGUUUUUCUCAGGUCGGCGACUUUACCCAGGACCAACAGGCCAGUCACUGCCUGGUGCACCACCUGGGCGGUAACCCCAAGGUGCUGAGCGGCCAACUUGCCAAGCUGGUCUCGCUCGACACCUUCAUGAACCGCCACAACCCUGCUGCCAUUGCGCCGCCUCAUCCCUUCCCCGAGCCUCACGGUGCCCCCAUGUCGGCGCCUGUCUCGCCCACGGCCCGUCCGUCAUCGCAGCCCAACUUCCACCAGCCUCCCAUGCCCCUGUUCCAGGAGCCUUGGGGCGUGCAUCAGAUGCACUCGGGCAUGGGCCCGCCACAGGGUCACAAGCGGCAGCGUAGCCGCUCGGUUCCCGGACCCGUAGACUUUGCCAUGUUCCAGAACCAGCCUAUGCCCUCGUUUUACAUUCAGCCUCCCGGCGAGAUGGGACUACCCCAUACCCCGAACAUCUAUGCCCCUGUUCCUCAGCAGCCGCCCCAGGUGAACGCCAACCUGCGCAUCGACACGCAGGCUGGAUUCAGCCUCGAUAUGCGUCAGUACCCGAUGUCGGCCACCACUGCAUCGCCCUCGGAGUUCCCUGGCAGCCCCGGCUUCUUCCCCCCUCAUGCUCAGGAGGCCACGUCGGUUCCCACCACCAGCUACGGCGUGACCCCUUACAACCAGGGUUACCUGUCACCGAUGCCCGGAGCCGAUGCUACUUCGCUGCCUACUGCGACGAUGUCGUUCCACACGCCGCCGGAGCCGUCUAUUGUUGAGCAGUCGCCACCGAUGGGCAUGAUGGGCCGUCCUGGGUCCACCGAGGUGUACAACCCCAACGAUGGCUCGUGUGCCGUAUCUGACGAUGGCGCCAGCCUCAACGAGAUGUACUCGAAGCACACGCUGACGCUGCCGAUGCAUUCGCAUUCCCCCGCGUUUGUCCACUCGCAGCAGGCCGAGCUUGACAUGGACCAGCUUGUGUCGUUCGACCCCGCCAGCAUGUCCCCCGAGGCUGUGCAUGCAACGACGCAGUAA